GUGCGUUGUGUGUUGGAUAGAAAGUCAGCCUGGUUUCCAGCUGAGUGCUUGCUCUCUCGCAGCGUGUGUGUGCGUGUGUGUGUGUGUGUGUUGUCAUUAUUAUCCACUCUGCUCCCAGCUCAGAAUGGCCAGAUUCACUCAGACUGAAACAAGAAGGCAGCACCAUCCACAGCCGUCCCAGCCCGCUCACUCCAGCCUGGUUUUCAGCGGACCGGGGGGACCACCGACCCACCACCCAUUACUACUUCUCCCACAUCAGCACCAGUACCCUCAGAUCACAUUCCCGAAACCCAUGAACGGGUCAGAACCCAUUUCAAUUCAUCCGGAGAGCGGCAACAUGAAAGACCAGGAUGCCAUUAAGCUGUUUAUCGGGCAGAUACCGAGGAACUUGGAGGAAAAAGACCUGAAACCCCUGUUUGAACAGUUUGGGAAAAUCCACGAACUGACAGUUCUCAAGGACCGAUACACCGGCAUGCACAAAGGUUGUGCAUUCCUCACCUACUGCGCCCGCGAGUCAGCCAUCAAGGCCCAAAACGCCCUCCAUGAACAGAAAACACUGCCAGGGAUGACCCGCCCUAUCCAGGUGAAACCCGCCGACAGUGAGAGCCGUGGAGAAGACAGGAAGUUGUUUGUGGGGAUGCUGAAUAAACAGCAGACGGAGGAGGAUGUUUAUCGUCUCUUUGAGCCCUACGGAGUCAUCGAGGAGUGCACGGUCCUAAGAGGUCCUGACGGAAACAGCAAAGGUUGUGCCUUCGUCAAGUUCUCCACACACACUGAGGCUCAGUCUGCAAUCGGCGCCCUGCACGGCAGCCAGACCAUGCCAGGUGCUUCGUCCAGCUUGGUGGUCAAGUUUGCCGACACAGACAAGGAGCGCACCAUCAGACGUAUGCAGCAGAUGGUAGGGCAGUUUGGCAUCUUUAAUCCAGCCAUCGCCCUUCCCUUCAGCACCUACAGCUCCUACGCACAUGCGCUCAUGCAGCAGCAGGCAGCCAUCAUGGCAGCAACUCACGGAGGUUAUCUCACACCUAGCGUGGCCUUCCCUGCCACGCAGAUCCACCAGAUGGGGGCGCUCAACAUCAACAGCCUUCCACCCACUCCCAUGACCCCGGUGUCGGGUGAGUUUCAUCAAACCCUGGCAGGCCUCAGCUCUCCGCCAGCCAACAUCACCACCUCCGCCGUGCCCAGCAUCGUCACGCCCAUCGUCAACGGAUUCACCGGCAUCCCUCAUCAGCCCAACGGGCACCCCGCCGUGGAGACAGUGUACACCAACGGCCUGCCGCCCUACUCCACCCAGAGCCCCACCGCCGCCGACACCCUGCAGCAAGCCUUCACAGGCGUACAGCAAUACACAGCAAUCUACCCAGCCACCACGCUGACUCCCAUCGGCCAAACACUGCCCCAGCCGCCGCAGGUCAUACAGCAGCAGCAGCAGAGAGAAGGUGAGGGUCCAGAGGGAUGCAAUCUCUUCAUCUACCACCUGCCACAGGAGUUUGGAGACAAUGAACUCAUGCAGAUGUUUUUGCCCUUUGGUACAGUCAUCUCUUCUAAGGUCUUCAUGGACCGAGCAACCAAUCAGAGCAAGUGCUUUGGUUUUGUCAGCUUUGACAACCCUGCUAGCGCACAGGCAGCUAUUCAGGCCAUGAACGGCUUUCAAAUCGGGAUGAAGAGGUUGAAAGUCCAGCUAAAGAGACCGAAGGAUGCCAGCCGCCCUUACUGACACAGCCUACCUUCAGUAUUCACUGCAGCAGCACAGAGUUUAGAGGACACCCGUGAAGAUAUCUGGGAGGAGGUCAGCUUUUUUUCUUUGAGAGCAAACAUAUGUUUUAAAAAAAUCAACACGUGACGAGUUUUGGGAGACAUAUCAACACUCUUAUCAACACAUGAGGAUACAGGUUUGAGCAGAAACAGGAGGUGUGGAAACAGGAAGGAAAAAAUAGGCGCUUCGACGGGGGACGUAACAGCAACAGAUGGCACAGAAGGAGGAAAAACUGGAAAAGAGACACGAUGGGACUGAACAACAGAACUUUUUCUUGUUAAGACUUGAAUUGUUAAGUAAGCAACAAACAAAAAAAGCAGCAACAACAAAUAGAUUUCUAUAUACAUAUUAUAUACACACAUAUAUAUAUAUGGAACAAAGAGGCGCUUGUGGCUUUUACUGGACAAAUGAGGGUUAAAACUUGAAGAUUUAAAAAAAAGCAGUGGAGAAAAGAAGCUAUUCUGUACGUCCACUGACAGACUUUCUUUCACUUUCCCUCUUUCUCUUAUUCUCUCACCGUCUCUCAGCAAGCGCAGAACUAUGACUCUUGGAGGUCACUGAGGUUUCCAAUAGCAAAAGUAGGACUGCAAUUCUUUCACCCCUAAGGGACCAAAGGACCAAACAUUUUUAUUGUUCUGAACAGCGAUAUACAUAUAGUAUUAAUGAUACUAAUACUACAAACUACUACUAAUAAUAUUACAAGUUAAACUUAAGAAGUAAUACUAGCUUCAGGUUGAAAAAAAAAAGAGCAAGGGUUUUUCUUUUGGUUUCCUUUUAUCUUUAUAGCUACCGGGUUGGAGAAUAUUAAAAGCAAAAACAGAAAAUGUAUAAAAAAAAAAAUAUACAGAAAUGAAGCUGUGCUAUUUUAGCAGUGUAGAAGAUAUGGGUUAGACAAUAUGUUGGGCAUGUUCAGAUAUGUAACUGUUUUUUUCUUUUCUUCCUGAUACAUCAGCAUUCCCAGCGUUUCAUCUCAGAAGUGUGAUCAGUCUGUGUUUUUGAGUCCCAUUUUGCCAAAAGGAGAAACAGUAGUAUUGCCACAAAGGAAGGUUUGAAAAACCCAACAAAACCAGAACGCAAAUACUGCCCUGAGUUCAGAUCAAAAUCCUCUAUUUCACUGCGAAUGCCGUCGCUAAACGCCUUUAUCGGACAGAUAAUCUGACCAUAAACCACUGUGGUAAAAGUGCCACCUGUUGGAUCUGCAAAGGGGGGUGUGUGGGGGGGGGAAAUAAAUCCAUGGAUGUCUCGCAGUUGGUCGCUGCCGGGUUGAGCCCUUUCCCACUGCCAAGCGUCUCCAGCUGCUCCCAGCAGGUGAGAGCAGAACACCUCCACCCGCCCCCUACCCUCCCAUCACUUUUCCUCCUUUACGUCAAAGUGCCAGCGUAACUGUCAAUUAACCGGGAUCAUCAGUGGAUGAGGAAGCCCCCUAAACUAAACCAGAACAUAAUGAUAGUAUUGAUCAGAUGGAAGCCGCGCCGCAGAGCCAGAGGUGCACAAUCAAUUGUCACAUUGGCGUUUCUAAGAAGCCGACUGAGUGACAGAGUUGAUCUGCCUCUCAUCGGAGUCUUUUUUUUUGUCCACCGACAUACAGUGCCUUGCAAAAGUGUUGACACUCCUCUCCACAUUUUGUCACAUUUCAGCCAAUUAUUCAUUUUAUUGGGAUUUAUAGAACAGAACCACACAAAGUAAUACGUAGCUGGGAUGUCAUAGGCAAAAGAUAGAUGUCCUUUACAGGAAAACGAAAAUCCAGAAACCAUGUUUGUCUAUUCUACGCACCAAAAGGUCGGUGCCGUGUAGGAUCUCCUUUUUGCUGCAAUUACAGUCUUUUGGGGUUUAUCUCUACCAGUUUUGCACCACCAAUGGCUGAAUUUUUGCCAAUUCUGAUGUACAAAAUAACUUGAGCCCAGUCAAAUUGAGCAGGGAGCAUCUGUGAACAGCCAGCUUAGACUUUUACUUGGCCAUUCUAACACUUGGAUGGGCUUUGAUCUGAACAAUUUGUCCGCUACCAUAGUUACAUAUUUAGUAUUUUCCCAGAUUUUCUCACAGAAAUGUAAUGCAUUUAGCUCCAUCUACAUUCAUAUCGUCUCUGCCAUCCCUACCUUUCAUUGCGAGAUGGUUUGUUCAGGGCGAUGAGCAGUGUUAGUUUCUUGCCACAUGCAGCAAUUUGCAUGUCGGCCGAAAAGCUCAAUAUUGGUUUUACAUUUGCAAAGGUCCUUCCAUGUGCUAGCUGUAUCUCCCUGCAUAUCCUGUCAGACAAGCCAAUCUCGAGGCUUUCAUUUAAGAAUGGCUUUCUUUUGGCCACUUUUCCGUAAAGGCCAUAUUUGCAGAAGCGCUGAGUACCGGCUGUUCUGUAGACAGAUUCUCUCACCCGAGCCAUGGAUUCCUGCAACUCCUCUAAAGUUACUAAACGCCUCUAGCCAGCUUCCCUGGUUAGCACUCCCCUUACCCAGCAUGCCAAACCCUUCUAUUUUGUAAACAUUUUAAACUACUUUCCCUUCCCCUUCAUUUGCUAUUUUGUGUUGGUCUAUCACAUAAAUCCUGAUAAAAUACGUUGAGGUCUGUGACAGAUUGUUAAAAAAGUGGCAUAACUGCUUUUGCAAGGCAUUGAAAUUUCUCAUGAGGAAUCAAGAAUUGGUGAGAGGUACUAUGUUUGCUUUAAAGGCACUUAAAGUGUUUGAGUUAAGAUUAGAUUAUAUACUAGUUGUUUACUAAGGUCCUACUGUGUAUUUGUAAUUGAGCAGUGUAAUUGCACGGUUAGAGCUCCACACGGGGACAGACGGCUCGGCAUUACCAGCUAUUGCAGGUCAAAUUAAGAGCAAAAUGAUCAAUCAAUUAGAGAUCAGCAGGCCUGUAAGUGUGGCUGCCACAGCUGCUGCCGCUUCAGCAGGACAGUUUACCAUGAGCGACAGUCACACGUAGCCCCAACGCGGCGAGGCCGUGGCUCUGCAUGCUCCAAUAAGACACGAUUAAUCAACUAAAAACCGAGUCAUCUCGAUCUGAGACACACAUUCAGUUGAUUCAAGAUGAAAUCUUUUUUUUUUUCUCGAAGGCUUCUUUUUUUGACUGAUUCAUUUUAGUUAGGCUUUUUCUUUUUUUUCUUAAAAUGCCAUUCCAUGACUCAGUUUGCUCUUUGAAGCACAUCGCCCCCUCAGGACUCGUUGCGAUUCCAGCGCUCUGAUCGACGUUCCAAACUUUAGGCACAUCAGCGCUCCAGACACUGCAUCGCAGCGCCCGUCCAGCAGAGACUUCAGACAAACAGUGACGACUUUGCCUCUGUGGUUUGGUUACAGCAAACGUUUCCACCAGAGCGACUCUCCAGGUCCUGAUGACUGUACGCCUGCAUUUGAUUACUUUUGGCUCAGCUGCUCUUUAUCCUCGUGUGAUUCCUGCUUCACUGGAUCAUAGUUAUUAUUAUAAUAAGAAAGAGGGAGCAGGAUUCUCUGUAGGUCUCGCUGCUGUUCCGCUGUAUGUUGCUCUGUUGCAAGCAGUAUUUAGAUCCUGUAUAAAGACAUUUUGUUACAUAUGCCUUCUCUCAUCAUGAAUUGCCAAAUUAUGCAAGCAUAUCCAUUGUAGUUCCUCGUCAGACUUUAAACAUGUGCCAGAUUUCCUUAAAACGUAGUCUUAUAAAUAUGCUGAUUUUAGAAGACUCUUUAGCAAAAAUGAAAUAUUUAAUUUUUGUGAUAUAGGAUACCACUGUAGGAAAAGGGUCAGCUCCCUCUGAAAUUAUAUACGAUAUAGAUUUCCUGUGAAAAGGUUAGAUUUCUUAUAUAUUUGCCAGAAGACAGCUCCUUUCCCUUGGCAAGUAAAUGUGAGUUUCCAUGCUCGCUGUCAGGGCGAAGCAGCUUUAGGAAGCUGUGAUAUAUGCCCUGCUUCCUCCAGGCAGUCCAGAGCCUUAUAAACCCCUGUCAAAAUAUCUCUUUCUCAUGGGAUUUCUACUCGAGAGUUUUUUUUUUUUUUAAUUAUUAAAAUCAAAUUAGAUUUCGCUUUCAAAACAGCUUGAGAAGAGAAAAUUAAAGAUGACAGCUGUGGCUGAAAUGUAAUGCGUUUGAAUUAUGUAAAGUUCCUAGCAGCCCACACUAAGGAAGGGAAAAAGACAUAAAAACAUAAAGAGGAUGAUAAAUCCACAAAGCGAGAAACAAACACUGCCGGAGUUUCGGCUCGUGAGAUGAAAACAGGUGCAGCGGUCUGUGCACACAGUGCGAGCUUCAGAAAAGGUUAGGCUGUUGAACAUCUGGGAAUGGCAGAAAGGAGUUCUGUAAUUCUCUAAUUAAGUUGCAUGUGGUUGAGCUAAAGUUUAUCUUUUACAUAGUUUUCACUAUUGCAUCCAUUUCUUCUUCAUUUGUUUGGUUAAUAUUUAUCAUGCUAUACCAUGGUGCCCUUUUUUAAUCUUCUGAGCAUGCUCAAUGGGGGCCAGGAGGGAGGAAGAUUAUGAAUCUGGUAUUUCUCGUAUUAACAAUAUGAUUCUUUACCUAUUGUUUGAAUGCUAAGGAUAGUAGCUUAUUAUAAAUAUGAAAUCUUGUAUAAUAUGAAAAAUCAGCACAGGACCCUUUUUCUUUGGGUUACGUAGAGGUUAGUGGGUACGAAGGGGGAGGGACGGGGAGGGGUCUCGCUUUACAAAGAUGUUAACUUUCUGGUUUCUCAGCACAAAAAGCAGACAAAAACAGAGAAGCAGCAGUAUGCGGUCUCCGAGGAGGCUUUCCCGAAAUACAGGCCGCAAAAAGAGGAAUCUCAGAACUAGUCUUUAAACUGGAAGGAUAAAAAUGCUGUUUACAGGUAGACGUUCUUUUUUUUAUUUUCCUUCUUUUGUUCUUCUUUUGUCUCUUUUUCUUUAGCAGAGCGCCACCUGUUUUUGUGGCAGCAUCAGUACAGCAUGGAUUAACUGACAGGGAAAGCAGUAUCUUUUUUAUAAUAAAAAAAAUUCUAAUAAUAAUGAAAAAAAAAAAACGUGUUCUGUAUUAGCCUGAGAAACCAAACUUUUUUCCCCUGUUAAAAUUUCUUAAUACUUGCUGCUUAGAUUACUUCAUAUUAAUAAUUGAUGAUUUAAUAAUUUUAUAAUUAAUUACCUGGUCAAGUAUGUAACUUGAUGUUUAUUUAUCAGUUUAUUUAUUGAUUGAUUUGCUAUUUAUUUAUUUAUUUUAUUUAUUAUUUUGUCACUAUUUAUUUUAUGGUUAUGGUAAGAUAAAGAUAUGUGUCAAAAAGAAACGGUUAUUGGGACUUUUCUCUUGUUCUCUCCUUUUUUUCCAAUUUUACAAUAAAAAAAUCAAACUGGG